AUGGAUGACAGCAGCAGCAGCACUGGUAGUGUUGGCGGAGGCGAAGAAGAUAUUGACCUCAAUUUGGGUUUGGAUGGCGAUGAUGAUGAUGACGCCAACGAUGCCACCAACUCGGACGCCAAAGAGUCUUCCCCCCCCUUGGGAGAGGUGGGCGCGUCCGCUUCCGUGGGCAGCGGGGUGGAGAACCCGCAGCUGAAGCUCGCGGGCCUGGUGACCUUCCAGAACAAGAGCGGCAUCACGUACAAGGGCAGGGUGGUGGCGAUUGACCCGCGGCCGUUCCCCGGGUCGCCCCGCGGGGUGGUGCGCGUGAAGUACGACGACUGGCCGUACGACAAGUACGACGAGGACGUGAGCACGGAGAUGGUGACGCCGUUCGGCUGGGUGCCCACCCCCGUCGGCCGAGCCGGCCGGAGAGCGAGCAAGCCUCCACCCACCUUCACCCCGAGCACCGAUGGCAACCGGCAUUUUUCCGUGACCACCACUGUGUUGUGGCUUUCGCCACCCUUUAGAUUUUGCAGUGGUCUUCUCGAGGAUAUUACACUUGGUUUUAGUCGGGGGGUGCAGCGGGGAUAG